GAAUCGUCACCGGCGUUCCAGGAGUGCACAUGGCCAUAACCCUUGGUUUUAUCAUGUUGCUUUCCUUCGAUUCCGGCACUCGCAAUCGGUGAUGCGGUCCCCGAAGCUUGUCUGUGACGGCGAUUUCCUCACGGCAUUGGUCCCGCACCGGCCUCCCAAACACCGUAAAGGAAGAAAAAGCAUCUUUUCUCUAAUAAUACCGGGCGUCGAGAUUACCGUCUUUACCAAACGCUACCCGGCUUCUGCGCGCUCUGCAGAGACACGUCAAUUCGGCAAGCCUCCCGGUCGCAGAUCCACCCGCCCCUCUCAUCAGUCAGCGAUCCGGUUCUGUGGGCGCAUGGCGUCCUUCUUGGUGGGGGGGUGUGUCGCUGUAGAUCUCGGCCCUGUUCGCGGCUUGAGAAUCCUUGAAUGCCAUCUCGAGACACCCCUUCAACACACACACCUCUCCCAUGUCGAAGCCAAGCAGUCCCUCAGAGACUUGUACGCAUCGGCGGAGGGCUGGUAUGCGCCAAAGUGCAACCCGAAUCAUACCCACCAGCACAGCUUCCGCUCCUUGGGGCUUCACGGAACAGCCGCACCGACCUGUUGGUCAGAGCGGAAGGCGCCAGCUGGUCCAAGUGGAAGGUCUGUUCGAGUUCUUGGACCUUCCGCGCCUUUCACGCCUGGGUGUAUGAUCCCCGCUCGCGUGGUUGAGCGAAGUCGUCCAUCCUGGUCUCUGCCACACAACCCUAAUCGGCGACUCGCGGUCAAGUCCCUCUCGACCUUGGUCAAAGUUUCGUCAUCCCCACUUUUGAGUCGCAAGUCCAGAUCUCCUAGCACGCGGUAUCCUUGGGAGUUAGACCCAUCCGUCAGUUCUGCACCAGUCAUCAACUUUGAGAAAAAGCACGCACGGAACCAAGACGACGUUGAAGGCCAACAGCAACCCUCCAACGCGGCGGUCUGCGACUACAGACAUCGCAUACACCAGACACAAGAUAAUCGGGCGUGCGUGCCAGGAGAGCUCUGCGACGACGUUUCGCCUCCCGCGACGACAGUUCGCCUCCCGUAACGACGUUUCCCCUCCCCCGACACCCGCUGUCUUUUCGCCUUGACCAUUUUAGAGCGGACCCCCACUCAGCUCUCGCGCAAAUUUGGCAACCACGCAACGCAUCGAGUACUUGUUCGCGAAUUUAUCGACAUCAAGAAGC